GCGUUCCCGACCCCGUCUCCGGGGGCCAUGGCCGGCAACGUGAAGAAGAGCUCGGGCGCGGGGGGCGGCGGCGGCUCGGGGGGCUCGGGCGCGGGCGGCCUGAUCGGGCUCAUGAAGGACGCCUUCCAGCCGCACCACCACCAUCACCACCACCUCAGCCCGCACCCGCCCGGCACGGUGGACAAGAAGAUGGUGGAGAAGUGCUGGAAGCUCAUGGACAAGGUGGUGCGGUUGUGUCAAAACCCAAAGCUGGCGCUCAAGAACAGCCCACCUUAUAUCUUAGACCUGCUGCCUGAUACCUAUCAGCAUCUCCGUACUGUCUUGUCAAGAUAUGAGGGGAAGAUGGAGACACUUGGAGAAAAUGAGUAUUUUAGGGUGUUCAUGGAGAAUUUGAUGAAGAAAACUAAGCAGACCAUUAGCCUCUUCAAGGAGGGGAAAGAAAGAAUGUAUGAGGAGAAUUCUCAGCCUAGGCGAAACCUAACCAAACUGUCCCUGAUCUUCAGCCAUAUGCUGGCAGAGCUGAAAGGCAUCUUUCCAAGUGGACUUUUUCAAGGAGACACAUUCCGGAUUACUAAAGCAGAUGCUGCAGAAUUUUGGAGAAAAGCUUUUGGGGAAAAGACAAUAGUCCCUUGGAAGAGCUUUCGACAGGCCCUUCAUGAGGUGCAUCCCAUCAGUUCUGGCCUGGAGGCCAUGGCUCUGAAGUCCACUAUUGAUCUGACCUGCAAUGAUUAUAUUUCAGUUUUCGAAUUUGAUAUCUUUACCCGACUCUUUCAGCCUUGGUCCUCUUUGCUCAGAAAUUGGAACAGCCUUGCUGUAACUCACCCGGGUUAUAUGGCUUUCCUGACAUAUGAUGAGGUAAAGGCGCGACUCCAGAAAUUCAUUCACAAACCUGGCAGUUAUAUCUUCCGACUGAGCUGUACUCGUCUGGGUCAGUGGGCUAUUGGAUAUGUUACUGCGGAUGGAAACAUUCUGCAAACAAUCCCUCACAAUAAACCUCUCUUCCAAGCACUGAUUGAUGGCUUCAGGGAAGGCUUCUACUUAUUUCCUGAUGGACGAAAUCAGAAUCCUGACCUGACAGGCUUAUGUGAGCCAACUCCUCAAGAUCACAUCAAAGUGACCCAGGAACAAUAUGAAUUAUACUGUGAGAUGGGUUCCACAUUUCAACUAUGUAAAAUAUGUGCCGAAAAUGAUAAGGAUGUAAAGAUUGAGCCCUGUGGACACCUCAUGUGCACAUCCUGUCUUACAUCCUGGCAGGAAUCAGAAGGUCAGGGCUGUCCUUUCUGCCGAUGUGAAAUCAAAGGUACUGAGCCCAUUGUGGUAGAUCCAUUUGAUCCUAGAGGAAGUGGCAGCUUGUUGAGGCAAGGGGCAGAAGGAUCUCCCUCCCCAAAUUAUGAAGAUGAUGAUGAUGAACGGGCUGACGAUUCUCUGUUCAUGAUGAAGGAGUUGGCAGGUGCCAAGGUGGAAAGGCCUCCUUCUCCAUUCUCCAUGGCCCCACAAGCUUCCCUUCCUCCGGUACCACCUCGACUUGACCUUCUACAACAACGAAUAUCUGUUCCUCCAAGUGCUUCUGUUCUGGGAGCUGCUGCCAAGGCUGCUUCUGGCUCCCUUCAUAAGGACAAACCAUUGCCAAUACCUCCCACACUUCGAGAUCUUCCUCCGCCACCCCCUCCAGACCGGCCUUACUCUGUUGGAGCAGAAAGCCGGCCUCAGAGACGCCCCCUACCUUGUACACCAGGCGAUUGCCCACCUAGAGACAAACUGCCCCCUGUCCCCUCUAGCCGCCUUGGGGACUCAUGGUUACCCCGGCCAAUCCCAAAAAUACCUUUAGCUACUCCAAGCCCCAGUGACCCCUGGACGGGAAGAGAACUAACCAAUCGUCACUCACUUCCAUUUUCAUUACCUUCACAAAUGGAGCCCAGAGUAGAUGUGCCUAGACUUGGGAGCACUUUCAGUCUGGAUAACUCUAUGAAUACGAAUAGCAGCCCAGUAGCAGGUCCAGAAUGUGAGCACCCCAAAAUCAAACCUUCUUCAUCUGCCAAUGCCAUUUACUCUCUGGCUGCAAGACCUCUUCCCAUGCCAAAGCUGCCACCUGGGGAGCAGGGUGAGGGUGAAGAAGACUCAGAGUAUAUGACUCCCUCCUCUAGGCCUCUAGGGCUUCAAAAGCCAGAGCCAAAGCGGCCUUUGGAACCAACCCAGAGUUCACGAGCGUGUGACUGUGACCAGCAGAUUGACAGCUGUACCUAUGAAGCAAUGUAUAACAUUCAGUCCCAGGCAUCCUCUGUCAGAGAGAACAGCACUUUGGGGGAAGGGAAUUUGGCUACAGUCCACACUAGUACUGGUGCUGAAGAAUCAGAAAAUGAAGAUGAUGGGUAUGAUGUUCCUAAACCACCUGUGCCAGCUGUGCUGGCCCGCCGAACUCUCUCAGACAUCUCUAAUGCCAGUUCUUCCUUCGGCUGGUUGUCUUUGGAUGGUGAUGCCACAAAUUUCAGUGAGGGUUCCCAAGUUCCUGAGCGGCCUCCCAAACCAUUCCCUCGGAGAAUCAACUCUGAACGCAAAGCGAGUACCUGUCAGCAAGGUGGUGGUGCCAGUGCUGCCCCUGCUGCCAGCACUCCCUCACCACACCUCUCCAGUGAGAUCGAGAGCCUUAUGAGCCAGGGUUACUCCUACCAGGACAUUCAGAAAGCUUUGGUCAUUGCCCACAACAACAUUGAGAUGGCCAAAAAUAUCCUCCGGGAAUUUGUUUCAAUUUCUUCUCCUGCCCAUGUAGCCACCUAGCACAUUUCUCAUGCAGCUCGGAGGAGCCACAGCCGAGCUCUUACUCAAGGAGCACUGGGAAGGCAGAGGCUUCUUGGGGGACUUCACAGUGAGGCCCUAUCCUCUGUGGUAUCGCACACCCACGGUUCCAAGAUUUCAAAGCAGUGGAAUGAAAAUGGAGCAGCUAGUGUGAUUUAUUCUUGGUCUCGGGAGUGUGUGUGUAGGUGUGCCUCACUCCCCACUUGGAGAGAGUGGGCCUUAUUACAUGGCAGCCUACCUGGAGAACAGCACAGAAAGCGGUAGAUACAUUGUGCUUGUAACCCCAAUUGAGGGCUUAAGACUUGUCUGGGGUAAGGAUGUGGCUGUGUAUGUUUGUCUGUCUACUCUGUCUGUGGUGGUGUAUGUCCUGUGAUUAUAAGAUUAUCCUGCUGUGUGUGUUAAUCCCAGGUGGGGAGUUAGCACAAGAGGGUUAGGAAGGAGUCUUUAAAGACUUCCAUCUACUGUGGUAUUGCACCUAGCCCUGGUGUGUGUUACGACCUCAGCACUCCUCUUUGGCUUAGAUUAUUAUGUGCAUAGCUAAAGUCUUAUAUUUUUAAGAACACCCUGUGUCCUUUCCCCUAGAAAUUCCCUCCCCUCUUCUUCUCCUCAUUGGUGUUCUGUGGGUUUGCUGUGACCAGCCUCACUGAGGCCAAGCAGCUUAGAGGAUAUUCUUUGUAAUGUGUGAUGGUGUUGGUUUGUUUAGUAGAGAUAAGUGGGGAAGAAAGGAACUCUUGCUCUGUUGUUAUGGUCAUAUUUGAUACUAGCAGCUAACACUGGUCACUCCAAAGUGCUGUUUAUAUAGGAAUAUUGAAUUUGUUAAAAUAAGAUGUUUGAAUUAUCCUAAUUACCUAAUGACUGAUUUGCGGUAGAGGCCUUCAAAAGCAUUCCUUGUCCUCCCCAGGAAAUAGUCUGUGGGAGUCUGCUGCCUUGGUGCCUGGCAUGUGUUCUGGUGUAGGUCAUGAGUCUUUCUACUUGAUGAGAAGGGAAGAACAUUUGUUUGCAGGGUGGUUUUCUGACCUGAGUAUCAUAGACCUGUCAGGAAGCUUUAGUUACAUGCUAUUUAGCUACACAAAAUAAUCCUUGAGGACUUACCUAUUCAGUCUUUCUUCCUAGUGAAUUCAUUUCAGCUUAUAUAGUUACCUCCCUUUGGAUAGGAGCCAGGCUAGCAUUGCAGAAAUGAUUUUGUUGUAUGGGUUUUUCUCCCCUUUAAGGAAUGGGGAUACCACACAGUGACUUGGUUUUCUCUUGUGCCUAGGGCUUUAAGAAUAGAAAGUUUAUUUCCUCCUUCCUUGCCUUUUCUUAGGUCUUAUGUCUAAUUAUUGUGUUAUCCACAAUAAUUAAAUAUCACCCAUUGAAAUAAUUAGUCAAAACAACCUGGGAAAGGCUGGCAGCUUAUAUAUUUGCAAGUUCAUAAAGAUUUGGAGUUGAGUUUGGAGACCAAUCAGUUCCUGUAGCUGGUCGGAAGCCCCUUGGGUUCAGUUAAUUCUCUUUCUGAAGUCUUGCUGACUUCUUUGGCAGCAAGUACCCUUCCCCUUCAUUUGUUUGCAAGCAAUCUAGCUCUUUCAUGACUCUGCCUUUCCAGAGAGGUAAAUCAUGCUUUUGUCCUUAAGUCCAGACAGAAUGACCUACCGUAAAUCAGCUUUCUUUCUAGUCUUGACAUCUUUGGAACUAGAACCUUUUCUUACUGUUCUCAUGACAUCUGGCUAUUGAGAUCUUUAGUUUUUAUUUUCUUGCCUCAGCUUCUUCUGUCCCCAGAGCAGACAGUACAGAACCUCAUGUUGACUUGUAGGUUAACCAGUACCUGUACUGCAUUGGCAGUAUGAAGAAAACAGUAACUAACUUCAAAAAGUUAUGGCCAAGAGCCGGGCGUGGUGGCGCACGCUUUUAAUCCCCGCACUAAGGAAGCAGAGAUAGGAGGAUCGCCAUAAGUUCAAGGCUACCCUGAGACUCUAUAGUGAAUUCCAGG